AUGUUACAAAUUUUUUCAAAUUAUAAGAUUUAUUUUAUUUCUUUUGGAGAGAAAGUUGUCAAUUUUUUAAGUUAUUGUGCUCAAAUUGUCAAAACAAUUAUUAUUUGGAUUCAUAGUUGUCUGCUUCAAAUAUUUCAAAAUUGUACAAACAUUAUUUUUUAUAUUUUUGAUUAUUGCAAAGAAUUUUUUAAUGAUUUUAAACCUAAAAAGGAAGAAAAUUUAUUUUCGAAAAAUUUGUCAAUUAAAAAAGAAGAGAAAAAGGAGGAGGUUUUUCUUACUAGGAACCUUAUCCUAUUGUCACCAAGAAUUUGA